UUGUUGUUCAAGAUUUUAGGGUUUCUGCGUCAAUCGAAUUCCAGGCAUAAAGAUGCAGAUCUUUGUGAAAACCCUUACGGGGAAGACGAUAACCCUAGAGGUUGAAUCUUCCGAUACGAUCGACAAUGUUAAGGCUAAGAUUCAGGACAAGGAAGGCAUCCCUCCUGACCAGCAGCGACUAAUCUUCGCCGGGAAACAACUUGAGGACGGAAGGACAUUGGCCGAUUACAACAUCCAGAAGGAAUCGACUCUUCAUCUUGUGUUACGUCUUCGCGGUGGAGCGAAAAAGAGGAAGAAGAAGACCUACACCAAGCCAAAGAAGCUCAAACACAAGAAGAAGAAGGUAAAGCUAUCGAUCCUCCAGUUCUACAAGGUGGACGAUUCUGGAAAAGUUCAGAAGCUCAGGAAGGAGUGCCCCAACGCUGAGUGCGGUGCGGGAACAUUCAUGGCUAAUCACUUUGAUCGCCAUUACUGUGGAAAGUGUGGUUUGACUUACGUCUACCAGAAGGCCGGCGGUGAUUAAUCGAUUCUCUGUUGCUAUUAUCUAUCUUUUUAAGACUUUUAAAUAGAUCUGGAUUUUGUUUAUUAAUUCUGAAUGUUUUGAACCCUUAUUUUUGAUACUAGAAAUCUUUUGAAUUUUGCUGAA